AUGCUGUUCAGCCCACUUUUUGUGUCGAUUGCCUUCGCGGCCUUGAUCGUGUUUUACUUAGCUCGUUGCAUCGCAUCACCAUUAUGGAAGCUUCCCGGACCAUUCUGGUCCAGAAUUACGCCUCUUGCCCUUAGGUGGAAUGAGUUCAAUGCAACGAGAACGCUAUAUGUCCACUCUCUGCAUCUAAAGUACGGGCCGGUCGUUCGCAUCGCCCCCAAUGAGGUGUCGUUCACGUCAUACGAGGCUGUCAAGGAGAUCUAUGGGUCUCUUGGAAGCGGCUACGACAAGUCCAGCUUCUACAAUUUGUUCCGGGUUUUCAAGCGCAGGACCAUGUUUUCGACUUUGGAAAAGGGCGAUCAUGCAAAGCGCAAGCGCAUCAUCGCUGAUCGCUACGCGAACAGCAAUGUCGUAAAACCUACAGCGCUCAGUGGCAUCGAGAAGCGAGCCAAGGAAUUUGUCAGGCAGUGUGGUGAACAUACCAAAACCAGCAUGGAUGUUUACAUCUCCCUCCACGCUUAUGCCUGUGACUGCAUCACCCAUCACCUGUUUCAUCCCUAUGGAACCAACAGUCUUCAGAAGAAAGAAGAUUUGGACAUGAUGCAUCAGGUUACCAGCGACGACAGCCUUCGAAGCCGCCUCGUCCAGCACCACUAUCCUGUCUUCUAUCAAUACUUCUCGAAGCUUCUGGAUCUUUUUCUUGAUCCGCGCACCACACCUUUGGCCCAAAACUUCGUCAUCGGCGCCACCUCGAAGAUCGAUCCCGCACCGUUCACUCUCUUGAACCGCCUCCAAGACAAGACUGAGAGCAGCAGCAGCGUCAACCAGCUUGAUAGUACGGACAUUGCAGCGGAAUCCAUGGAUCAUAUGGUCGCAGGUAUCGACACGACAGGAGAUUCCUUAUGCUUUCUCAUGUGGGAGCUUUCACAGCCAUCAUCCCUCGAGUUCCAGAAGAAGCUCCAAAACGAGAUUCGAGAGAACCCCGACGUUUCUUUCGACAAGCUGUCGUACCUUGACGCCGUAGUGCAAGAAGGACUUAGAUGCUUCCCGGCUAUUCCCAUGUCUUUGCCUCGAGUAGUGCCCCAUGGGGGUAAGCAGAUUGAUGGCUUCUUCGUACCCGAGGGCAGCAUGGUCAGCAGCCAGGCCUACUCGGUCCACCGAAACAACGACGCCGUCUUCCCGAAUCCAGACGUUUUCAACCCGGAGAGGUGGAUGUCUACUACUGGCGAAGCUGAGAGAAAACGACACAUGUUUGCAUUCUCACAUGGCGGCAGAGGUUGCGUUGGCAAGCAGUGA